AAAUUUUGUCUACAAAGAGAACAGAAAAUAUUGAAAUACAUUUCAUAUUAAUUUCGUAAAAAAUUGACGGUUCAGUAUUCAGAAAAGAUCAAAAUAUUCAACAUGGCUGGAAGGUUUCUGUUAUAAAAAGAUUUUGAUUCAUCAACAACAUUUUGAUUCAUCAAGCUUCUACCAACCAAGAUGUCCUCAACAUUCCUACAAAGCUUCUAUAUGCUCCUGAUCAGUCACCUGCCUACCUCUCCAAGGACAAUUAAUCUCUACCCGAAAUAAUUUCCUUCCAAACCUAAACCAUGUUUCCCAAAGUAAAAAAGAUAUUUAUGAUAAAUUAUCAAAUUAGCAGAACCUACAAUUUUCCUUGCCAAACUGAUAAAUGUUUAUGUGUUUUGUUAAAAUUUCAUCAGAAUGUAUUAAUAUUGACUUGAUUAAAAUCAGAUGAUACAGUCACCCUAUCAUUUGUUUAGAUACCUGAUAUAAUUUUUCAAAAAUGAUUGGUUAUUGUCCAAAUUCUUUGAAUGAAACAUUAUUUUACCAUCAGGAAAGUAUUGGCCUGCGUAAGGGUUCCAGGAAACCAGAAAAAGAAUUUGAAUCGUCACACAGUAGUGCUGGGGAAGAGCAGGACUUUGUAAACCAGGUUGAAGAGUUUUCUCAGUCAGUUGAUAUCUCAAAUCAGCGUACAAGAUCUGCAUCCACAGCAUCAGACACAAGCUCAUUUGUUCAGUCUGUACAAGUAGUGCCGUCAUCAAGCUCUGAAGGAAAAUAUGCGAUAUAUAAAAGUGUUCAUGAUUAUAUUGACCCAUCAAGACUUGCAACAGAUUCUGAAGUAAAAUACUCAUUUUUAUCAUCUUUACAAUAUGGUCAUAAUAUAAGUAACCCAGAACUUCGACAACAAAGAUUUGAAAAUGAUUACUCUGACUGGAAAAUGAGAAAACGUAGUUUAUUGAGUAGGUCUUCAAAGAAUGGAUCAAGUUCAGGAAGCAGGUUUUCCUCUUCAAGUAAUUCCUCAGGAAAUUUUAGCAACAAAAAUUGCCAGUGUGGCCAGUUUCAUUCCCAUGUGUUCAAACCAGAACAUAGAAAAAUGUCCAAGUUAGUCAUACCAGUGCCGGAAGAACAAUCUCCUGUUAAGAAAACAUCUGACAUAUUACACGGAAAUGAAAAUCAAAAAGUAAUCUCAAACAUAUUUUGGAAGCCACAGCUUAGUUUUUCUGAGUAUAAACAUGGUUGUGAUCUUGUCAAGUUUCAAAGCCUGUGGCCAUCAAAGUCUACAAUCAAAAGUUUGCUUGAAGAGGGCAUGGAAUGUGUUGAGCGGGAUGACUUUGGACUUAGAGGUGCAAUAUCGGAACUUUGUGUACUUGUGACGGUAGAUGGCCCUGUGUAUAUUCUCCAGUCACUCUUAGAAAUGAAAUAUAUAAGGCUAGAUUAUCAGUUUGAGAAUGAUGCUGGACUGUUACAUCUUGCAUGUGUUCUACAGAAUCUUGAAGCUGUACAACUUAUCACACAACUUGGUGUUUCUUCAAAAAUCAAAGAUAGAUCAGGUAAAACAGCGGGUGAAGUUUGUACAUGUCCAAAGAUAAAGAAACAGUUAAAUACAAAGUUCCUGUCAGACAGAAUUAAAAAUCUUACAAUAAUCAAACCAGGACUGCAAGAUAAAGAUGCUAUUUUUAAACUAGCAUCAAACCCAAAGUGUCUGUAUGAACUGCAGAAAAGAUUACAGACAUUUUACUUUGAUGUAAAUGGAGAUACAAAAGGUGGUGAUUAUCUCAUACAUGUGGUAGCCAAGACAGGAAUAUGUCAGCUACCAGUGUUGAUGUCAUUGGUUCGUCUGCAACAUGCUGACAUUAAUCUGUGUAAUUCAGACGGUCUUACUCCACUAAUGAUUGUUGCCAGGGAUGGUGAUAGUAACUAUUGUGAUAUAUUAAUGUGUGUAUUGGGAGCAGAUCCAAAUAAACAGAAUGAGGAGAAUGGAAGAACAGCUCUACAUUAUGCUGUUAGCCAUAACCAUGUUAACGUUGUCAAUUGUCUUGUAAAGCGUGGGGCAGACGUAAAUGUUGAGGAUAAAGAUAAAUGUCGUCCUGACGAUGUCACGUUGCUUAGCAACUCAACAGAAGACUGUAAAGAAAUUGUUCAGUUACAUAGAGAGCAGAGAUGUCAGCAUCUUAGUUCCAUGGUUAAAAAUGCUGAACAGUUAACUGUAGAUACUAGUGCAGUUUUUGCAAUUAUUGAAAAUGAGGAUGCUGUUUAUCCUAUUGACUUGCGUCCAACAGAUCUGACAGUUGUAGACUCGGACUACAAUACUUUAAUCAUGGUAGCUGCUUCAAAUGCAAAAAUUCACAACUUAGAAACAUUACUCAGUGUGUCCAAAGAUACCAUAGAUGCUCAGCAUACCCAGACUGGAUUAACUGCUCUGGCUAUGGCAGCAAAGGCUGGUCAUGAUGCAUGCUGUGAUAUUCUUCUUGGGAGUGGGGCGUGUGCCACUAUACAGGAUAUGGAUGGAUUUCUACCAAUACAUCAUGCAGUUUUACAGAGCCAUGAAAAAGUUGUGGAGGUGUUUAGACAACAUUUUCCUGUUGCCUAUGUGGGACUGUUUAAAAGUUUGAGGUAUUGUAGGAAGUCAUCCAUCCACGACAUUUUGAAUGUGAUGUUUGAAAAGAGACAAGCAGAGAUGAUAAUACCUCAGCUAAGACUGUCUGCCAUGGAUGGAAAUGCUGAAAAACUGUUUUGUUUAUUAGAGGAUGGAGACAAUGUAAAUUCAAAGAGUGAUCUCAGUAGUCAGUCAGUAUUAUUUGCUGCUGUAGAGAAUAGGCAUGUUGAAGUUGUCCGUCUCCUUGUGGAGAAAGGAGCAGACUUAAAAAAGAGAGACAUAAGAACUGCUAAUACAGUAUUACAUAUAGCAUCACAGACUGGUCACCUAGAAACUGCCAACUAUUUGCUGCCAUUUUGUAAAGAGUCAGAGAAUCAGUCCAGUACUAGAAAUAGGUUGGAUAUUAAUGCAGUAAACAAUGAUAAGAAAACAGCAUUACAAAUAGCCUCAGAAAAAGGCUAUAUACAGUUGACUAGUCUGCUGAUAGAUUUUGGAGCUACCACAGCGUUACUGGACUCCAAAGGUUCACUGUACACUUCCCCGGAGUUUGAAGGGGCACGAGUCCUCAUUGAAGGUCAUCGGAAUGAGCAUACACAAGCUGUGAUGAAAUUAGUCUCUGAUAAAUCCAGGAAAGCUCCGUUUUUGCUAAUAAAGAUAUGGGUGCCACGAUUUGACCACAACUUGCGAGACAAGAAUGGAGAUACUCCUUUAAUGGUGGCUUGUAGAUCAGGGAGACUAGAAACGGUGAAUUUUCUGCUUCAGUCUGCUGUCUAUGCCAACCAAAUCUCAGAUGAUGAUUUAGAUAACUCUGAUACAGACUCUGGUGUGCUUGAUUUACCUCCCUGGAAAUCACGAAUAGAAACCAUCAAUGAGGACUUAAUGAAGUCAUUAGAAAGAUCUGGGGAGAAUGAAUAUCUACCUAAUCUAGCUCAAAGUUAUGAUAGACCAGCCGGUGCAAACUGUGAUUUCUCAACUUCUCUAAAUCCCAGCAACUUGGCAAAUACAUUACCUGGAUCAGUUUAUGCAAAGAUGGAACAAAACAAAGUCAGCUCCUACCUCACUGAUGUUGAGAGGCCAAAAGGACUUUACAUAUAUCAUGAUGGUAUAGUGAGCCAUAUUUGUGCUGUGAAUUUAUUUGAUGGAAACACUCCUCUACAUCGUACAAUUGAAGGUGGCGACAAUGUUGCCAUAGCAACUGCAUUGAUUGAAGCAGAUGCAGCGGUUAUCAACAUGCAGAAUGAUGCAGGACUUACACCAAUCCAUCUUGCAUGUAAACUUGGCAGAAAAAAGAUCCUAGAAAGAUUACUGAUGGUACCUGGAAUAGAUCUAAAUUUACCUACUCUCAAUGGUCAUUUACCAGAGGAAGUUACCACUAAUAAAACACUUAUUAAGAUGGUACAGAAAGUGCGUAAAGAACAACCUGUCAGGCAGCCCCCAACACCUGAAGAUGCGUAUCCGAGCAGUGUUAGUGUUCAGAUGCAGGAGUCUUUACCAUCAGUUCGUAGUAGAGGAGGCGAGACUGUUAUAAGCUUUGAUAAAAUCAACGAUCUGUAUAACACGCUGAAAGAUACUUAGAAAAAAAAUAUAUUACUGUUAAGAUUUCAUUGUUAUAUUGAACAGUAUUGACUGUAUUUGAUUAUAAAGGUUCAUUUACACAUGCUAAAGUAAUGAGACAGGCCUUUACCUAGCCGUUUUGGGGAAAAGUACCUUGCCCAGUUUCGGAAUUAUUGCGUUGUAAAAUUGCUUAAUUGGGAAAAAUAUAUGGUACCUUUCGAAACAACUUUCAUGCUCUUUUGGCAUAGUAUUUUGAUUUGUGCAAAAUUGUUUAUUCCAACAAAUGCAAAUGUCAUUCAAAGCAUAAAAAUCAUUAAAAUUUGACAAUGAAUUGUGUGCAAACAUCUAUCUGAUACCAUACUGGAAUGAACUCUAGCAAAUUUGUCAGUUUUGAUAUUGAGAAUAUUAGUUCAAUUGGGAUUUUAUGCCAUUGGGAUAGGGUCCCAUAAUCUGACCUGUGGUAACACUGGGGAAAGGCGUGCGAGAGCUCCAUAAUGGUGGAUUAAAACAAUUUGUAUCCAAGAAAUUUGGUUUUAAAUAUUUAGAUAUUUUAACUUAUUUAUAAUAUCACUGAUAAAAUAAUGUACUGUAUAUCAGGUGUUUUUUGUGUGAAUAUCUAAUUUUUGAUAUAUUCGCGGGUGCUAAAUAUCGCAGGAAGUAGAUAUGUUAAAAUUAAGUCAAAUUUAAUAGAAGAAAUUUGCAUGUUUUUGUAACUGGAUUUUCUACUUUACUUCAGUUAUUUACAAAGAUUAUAAGUGCCAUUUGCAGUAUGUAAAUUACUUUCUUUGUUUGCUAUACAAUAUUUUACUUUUAAAUGCAAUAUUAAAAUUUUCAUGAAAAUUAGCAUGAAUGGCAUAUGCUGCUUUGAAAAUAAGGUUAGAUAAAAUAAUACCAAAUGCUUGCCUGUUAGAAAAAUUGUAAAUAAAAUUUAAUAUGUGUAAAAUAGAGUGAUGUUACUUUGUCAGCAGAAAUAAAAUGUGAAAAACAGAAUCUGGUAAAGCAAAGGUGCUAAAAUUAAAUUACUGCUAAAGAUCCCGAAAUUUGAUGUGCACAAAAAAUUCUAGUCCUGAUAUACAGUAUAUGGUUCACUAAAGACAGUAGGUUUCUAUUUACAGUGUCUGCUAGAUAAUUUAAGUUAUCAUUCGUGAUUGAUUCUAGACUUUAGAUAGAUAACCAUUAAACUCAAAAGGGCUUAACCUAAUGUUGAAAGAGCCUGUACCACAACCUGUUUCUUUUGUUGUUUAUUUAUUAUUAUUUUGCAUAAUGUUUUGCAUAAUGUUUUACAUGUAUUCAAACAUGCAUAUUCAAACUUAUAAUGAAGCCCUCUUAAUAAUGGCUCUUGAAUGAUCAAUAACUGAUGAACUUUGUUAAUAUUUACCUUAAUGUGCUUCAUGUUUGCUACAUCCUGUUUCAUUGUGAUGUAAUUAUUUAUAAACAUGGUUGUUGCCAAUUUAUGAAUUUAUUUUAAUUUUGAUAUAAAGAUUAAAUGUUCAGUAUAUUUAAUUAUUUAUGAAGAUUUUUAUGUAUAUCUCAGCAGUUCUUUUUGGACUUGUCUUUUUCAUACAUGAAUAUUUUAAUUUCAAAAGAAAGUCACUUUAUCUUAUGGCAAUCUUUUUAGUGUUGUUGUUGUUUUUUUGUUUCUGUUUUUUUUUAAUAUUUAAACAGCAGUUGUCUUACUUUUCACAUUGACAUAUUUCUUUGAUUUUUAGAUGUAGGAUUUACUCCCUUCACAACAGAAAAUUUUCUUGCCAGCUUUAUAUCUAAAAUCAAUCAAGAAAAAAAAUGAUAACAAGAAUUGUUACUGAAAGUAAACCAAUGAUAAUUUGACUUCAGGAAAGUAAAAACCAGUUACUUAAAACCAAUACCAAUAUUGAUUCUUUAUUUCUCUAGUGCAGUGUUAAAUAUUAGGUACAAAACCUAUAAACUUCAAGUGUAAACACAUAACACUUCAGCCAAUAUAGGACAUAUUUAUCUAUUAUUUAAUCUUUCAACUACUGUGUACAUGAAGACACAAACAUAAGAUGUUCAGCCAAAUGAUGUCAUAAAAACUGUUGAUUUCCUUUUAGCAUUUAACUGUACAUGUGCAAUACAUACGGAAUAUUAUGUUGUAAUAGCUAUCAAUUUGUAGUAGAUAUCAAUUUUCCAAUGUUGCGAGUAGCAAAAUGCGUAGCCUCAGAAAGCUAUUACAACAUAAUUUUCCUUUUAUUAUAUACCUUUUCGUUCAAAGUAAAAAUGAUUUUUAUUAUACUACACUUCUAUAAGAAAUUUCAGAAAAUGAAAUUUAGCUGUCAAGAAAUAAAUUUAUGACUGACGGAUGAAAACGUAAUUUUGGCAAAACAGGUCAUGCCUUUUAUAAUUUUGGUUCACGUUUCAAAAUGCUAUGUUAUACACAUCGAAGAUCGGAACCAACGUCAAAAAUAGUCUGGCUCUUCCAUAUAUGGUACGGUAUUUGUCACUAACAUAAUACAGAAUUUUUUAUCUGUUGAAGCUUACUUGCCCUUCAAGAUAUGCAUGUAUAUUAGGGAGAAAAUUAAAAGGUAUAUAAUAAAUUAUUUUAUUACACUAAGUGAUCAAUAUCAUUGUAAAAUUAUGUAAAAUAUUUGAAAACAUAUCAUUAAAAAUACAUGUAUAUCAUGUUUACUGUUUAACAUUUUGAAAGCUUAGGUAUUGUAUACACUUUGGUAAUCUUUUUUAUAAAUCUAUUAAAAGCCUGUUUCAUUCAGUUUCAUCUGGCUGUAUAUAAACAUAGUUUGAAAUACAACUAAAGCCAUUAUAUGCAAACAAUCAUUUGAUCCAGUGAAAAUCUUCACAACUAAUAAUAUACAAAUAAUAAAUACAGGAAAAAGCUGAAAGUAUACAUUUUCCCUCUUAUUUCAAAAAGCUUUUCUGAGACUCCCAUUUUGCACUUUUCAUGUAAAUAUGAAAGGUUUUUUACCACAUUAUUACAGUGUCAAUUUCAUUUUAACCUUGUUGUCACUUUCACAGUUCAAAGUAUAAUCAAACUAUAAAUUGGAGGAAAUUAUUUUUCAUAUAAGUGAGAAUGUUUAAACAUUAUUAGGUUAAUUUAUACCUCAUUGAUUUGUGUAACUUGCCAUUGCUUUUUUCUUCAAUACUGUAACUUAAAGUGAUUUCAGUGUAACAGUAUGAGAAUAAUUGUCUUUAAUAGAAAAAAAUGUGAUGAAAAAUUUUAUACAGUGUUUUACAUAUAAUCAGGGAUUUUCAAAUGUACUUGUUCAUUCCAACUUUUGAUCGUAAGGAAAAUGUUAUAAACCAAUCAUGUAUUUAUUUCUUUAUAUUACACAGAUUUAAGAUAAACUAAAUGUUGAUUUUGCUGGGUGUGUUUUCUAACUUAAUGCAAGUCUUUCUUAGAAGACAUUCAUUUUAGAUUCGAUAUAUACUGUACUGUUUAAUAUUUUAUUGUAUUGUUGGCCUAACCUCGAGACAGGCAGAGUUAUUUAAGUGCUUGAAUUAACCAUAUAUUUUGAGAUGCUCUUUUUGAUGGAUUCUUGUAUUACAUGUUUUGAUGUUGGUAUAUAAGUGCAAUAUUGAUGAAUGUUAUACAGCAGUGAAUUGUAACCCCAACCAUAACCUCAAGGCAGUACAGGUGCUAGUGUCCCCAAACUGAUCUUGUUUUUGUUAUAGAGUAAAAUGUAGGGAUUUAAUAUCUGUCUUUUUUUGAAGGGCCUUUACCAAGGGUUUGAAAAUUCAAAGUCCUACUAUUCCUUAGGGAUGGGGCCCACUCAAAUUGAUUGGUGCAUUAUUAAGUUAAAUUUGUUUAAUCAGCAGGAUUGUUAUUGAAAUUACCAUUUGAUAUUAAAAUAAAUUAUGUGAAAAAUGUUAAUAUUAUUUUAUUUAAAUAUAAGAUGUAUUGUAUUGUUAAAACUGUUUGCCUCCAGAUGAGUAUAAAACAUUUGUUUUUUUUCCCAAAAAACUCAGAGUUUAAGCACUGUCCAUGAAAUUAAAAGUGACAGAAAUAAUAUUUUUACCAUAUAUAAUAGACUAGCAACUUAUUCUGUAAUUUUUAACACAUUAAGUAACUAAUGUAAUUGUUGAUAGUGUUUUGGACUACAUGUAGUUUUAUUGAUAGUGUCUUAGACUAAAUGUGGUUUAUGAAACCCUGAGGUGGUCACUGUCCAGGUAUAUAAAAAUGUAGCUUAUAGAUGAUUGAUGGUUAAUUUUGUAUACUUUAAUAUUUUUGCGAUAAGAACAAUUAUUAUUAAAAAAAACAACGUAAAAGUGAACAAGAAUGUGGAAGGAUGCUGUUUUAAUGAUAUCAGUAAAUUGAUAUACAAAGACUUUUCGUUUUGUAUUGAUGUUAAGAUAUGUCAUUACUUCCAUAGAUUAUUUUGUGAUUAUAUGCAAGUAUAUUCUUGUUGUGCUUAUAUUUUGUCAAAAUUGGUCAGGGAUAAUUUAUUUGAUUUGUAUUUUUAAUCAAGAUAUUGAUUAAAUGGCCCUUUAGAUUCUUCUUUAGAAGUGUUUCUGUAUUGUUUUACAUGUGUUCAUCUGUAAAUUACUAAUAUUUUCACAAUAGCUGAACUGUUGAGUUGUUGUUGAUGAAAAAAAGAAGAUGAAAACUAGAAAGUCUGAUUAGGAUAAUUGCUUGCCAAUUUGUGACUGAAAUAUUGUAAAGAAAAUGCCAUGUUUGUUCAAACUAAUUACUUGUCUUAAUUGAAGUUGUUUGUUUACUGUUGUUGAAUAUGAAUUUGUUUGUUGAGAAGAUAUUUAUUAAAGAAAAUAUUAACAA